AUGAGCAAACCCUCCGUGAAUCCUAUUCAUCAACCUUGGCACCUCUUCGCGUCGGCGAAACUCGUCCGGUCACCUGUACCAAGUUAUGGCGCAGGGGUUAUAUUAGCAGCAAAAGAUUUCUUUGUGAUGGGACCAGACCGCCGCGACUUGCACUGUAUCGUCCUGGAACAGUUCGCUGUUGAUGUGCUCACGAAUAAGCGCGGUUUCGACCAAACCCUCGUAUCUAUCAAAGACCUCGUCUGGGUCUAUUCCGUCACACCGACGCGUGCCGCCUUACAGGACCUGGCAGCUACCCUGACUGCAUCCCGCAUACCGCGCGCCACUGCGCUAGAGAGUUCGUCAAAUCGCUUCGCUCUUAUAACAAUUCACGUAAAUCCCAACCCCAGCGUAGUGAUUGUGGUGAACCUUAUCUGGCAUAACGGCGAAAUUAGGAAGUUCUUGGCAGUCUUUGAUGGUGCUCCCGAGGCGGUAACGGUCACACCUUCAUUGUGCGCUCGUAAUCUCGAGGAUCUGUAUCAGUAUUCACUG